CCCAGAUCUUUAACUGCACUAUGACCCUUCAUGAUAUCCCAAUGACAUUGGACCCAUUCUGAUACCAUUUCAGGGCCUUAAACAGUCAGUGAUCAUUCGGCAAGUCCGUUCUGAUCGUCUUUCCGUUACAUUGCAACGAUAAUCAUUCCAUUUACUCUCAAGAGCCUCAUAGUGCGCUUGGACGUGUUCGGGUGUUCCAACAACUAGAGACUCGUGGUAUAAUUAGGAACUUACGUAGUUGUGGGAAAAAAAAUCAAAAUUUUGAAGACCUGUUUGAGGAAAUCCAUCACAAUGAAAAACUCCCACCUCCCUGCUACAUCUCCCGCUACACCUCUAUCUUUAACCAAGCGGCCCGUCAGUGUGUGCGACAACUCCGGUUACAUCCUGUCCUAAGUGGGCACUGGCUUGGAUUAGUCGACAGCCUCGAACAACUAUCAAGACUAGCGCAGCUGGAGAGCCUGAUACCGACAGAAGCCGCAGUAGGAGAGCAGAAAGGUCGUGCUUCUAUCCUUUACGGGAGCAAAAGUGUCGCGCUCCUAUAUCCUAUAUUUUUUCAUUCGGAGUUGUAGUUGAAGAAGAUCGUUGAGGUCUUAUAGAGAGUCUGAGUUCAAAUCAACUUCAAACGCAUUCACUGAAGAUGGUCGCGCUUAAGAUUACCUUCAGACACCAAAACAGGCAGAGUAACCGAAUCUGACGGCACGCUAUGGGAUCAAGCUGCGCAUGAAUAUGCCAUCAGAAUACUAGCGGAAGAAGCAAAAGUGAGUGUGUGUCUCCGGAUGAUGAUAGAGUUCAAAGAUUAUGGGAGUAUUGAAAUGGAAAGUAAAAGCCAUCGCCUUGGUUUCAGUAGUUCUCCUCAAUAACUGUCACUUUUGUUAGAAAAAUAUAGUUCCUCUUCCUCAUCACGACCCUCAUCACGACGCGUCUAAUCCCAAUGGCAAUUCGCAGUCCGAGGUCCAACAGCGCAGGAGGCGCGACUAAAGGACGCAUCAAGAGCGAUGGACGUGGAUGAAGUGAACCUGUUACGAAAAUGCAACCUUUUUGAAGAGUCAUUAGGGCUUUUGCUACUUCGAGGCUUCAUGCAUGUGGAGACACUGCAGUUGACAGACUGCGUGCUUCUGCUGGAGCACGUAGCGAUGGCACUUCUGACGAAUACCUUUUCUAGAGCAUGUGCUAGCGAUGGCACUAUUGUGAUUUGAAGGGUCCUUCUACUCUUCACUGAGAAGCGCCUAUAGAUCACCACCCCAGAUCCUGUCCCUUGCGCGCGAGAGGGUCGGCGAGUAUAAGGAGACGCUGAAGAGUCAGGAAAGUGCCGUUAUCUACUACUUCACGGCGUUGAUGAAGCACUCAGAGGCCCUAAACAGCAGUGAAGUGUUGGCGAAGACAAAGGAACUGCGCGUAGUUCGCCUAGUAGUGAGGCAUAUGCUGCAGAGGAAAGACGACUAUGCUUUGGAUUUUUUAGGUACUUAGUUUUUGAAGCUGUAGCUAUUGUGGCGCUAAGGCGAAGGGACCGACAGUGAUGCUGCAGCUUCUGUUGCUGUCAGGGUCCAGAAAAGGGCACUCGCGGGGCUUGAAGUAGGCAACUGAUGUCAUGAGAGCAGCACUAGCAAAUAUCAUAAAUGCUAGUCCCUCGGUCACCUGUAGAGAAGAAUGAUCACCCUCCAUCAUGAUCAUUCUCCAUCACAUUCUCUACCAAUGCCUGUCCUUUCAUGCUCAUCAGGCGUCGCUGUUGAGGGCUUUGCGAAGUUGGCUGAAAGCGAGGACUUCCCACCACAGUGGAAGGAGUUUUUCGCGACGAGAGAGGAGAUGGAGGACUUCCUGAAACUGCAAGGGAUAGGGAUACUGGAGGAUAUAUUGUUAUGGCUCUCAGCUUUAGAGUUAGCGCAAUCCGUGACAGAAGAUGACAAAACCGCACCGACUAGAACUGGAGGCAAGGAAGCCAAGAAGCGAGUUAGAAUCUUUCUAAUGCCGAAGCGGUACCCGGAUAAGAAAGCGGAAACGCGGCCACUUAGCGACUUGCUGAAAAAAGUAAAGAAAGCAGCAACAUAA